AUGGUGGCGAACGACAAGCGCUACAAAGACUUCUUCGAGAAGCUAGAUGACAAGACCUCGGACCAGCUGGACGACGCCACGAAUGCCGCGACUAGCGUGGACGAUGUAGACUGGGAGGACCUGAGCACACAGCUCUACUGCAUGCUGGAGCUCGCGGUGCCAGAAUAUUCAGCGGGUGAGACCAUCAUGCGUAACGUUCUACACGGAGAAGGUGGUCAAGCGUGGAUCCGCCUGAAGGGCGAGUAUGCACCCAAUGAGCCUGGCAAUGUCGUGGCGCGUCUGAGGCAGCUCAUGUCGACUCAGUUCGUGACGAACGCAGACGUGGCCAACGAGAUCGAGAAGCUGGACCUAGAGACCAGCAAGUAUGAGAAGGCGGCCGAGGAGCAGCUGAGCGACGACAUCAAGAAGGGGAUUUUGCUCGGCGCCCAGCGCAGCUUUGACGGCGAUUCGAUGGAGAUCGGUGCGCUGACGGGAAAGCCGAAGGGCACAGGAAACGGCAAGGGUGACAAGGACGAAGACAAUGAUCAUGCUACUAACAAGUUCGAGCCGGAGGCGAAGGACAGCCCGAACCACCCGAGGAAGUGGUGCAGUCUUUUCGAGAAGCCGAACCACGUCAAGGACGACCGCCGUAAGUUCAAGCGAGAGAACGAGGCCAUGGCGGACGCGAAGAAGAAGGCCAACGAUGGGCAGAAACAGCGCCGUGCCAUGGGGGCAGCACUUGCCGCAGGUGGUGGCACGCUCCCUGGUGGACUUCCCCCUCCACCUGGGUGCGACGGCGCUGGCCAGCACUCGCAGCGACUCACACGCCGCGCAGUGCACGGGGAGCCGCAGUUGCCCGCCCCGACUUCAUCGGGAGCAGCCUGGAGAGCGAGCACGACUCCGACGGUGCCGUCGGGCAUGCGCGGGGCCAGCGGCUUCAUUGCAGAGCAGGGCACGAUCAAGCCGAAGUAUAGAUUCGCCCUGUCGGCGGAGCACUCGAGGCCGAGGGCGAGGUCGGCGGAGCCCAGUGGAUCGAGGCGCAGCGCGGGCGGUGACAGCGUUUGCGUCUCAGGCAUCCGCGGGGUCAAGGGGGUCGCGAUAGAUUCUGGGGCCCAGAUCGCAGCGCGCCCUUUCGACGUGCUGAAGUACAAGGGCUACGUGCUCGCCAAGUCGGGCAUCCCCAAGCUGCGGGCCAUCGACGGCGCGGAGGCGCAGCACUGCGCAUCGGCGAACAAGAUGAAGCUGGGGGCGGAUCGUGGCACGUGCUACCUGGAGUACGACGAGAUGAUGGGCGGCUCCUCCGGGGGCAAGCGGGCGGCGCGCAUGGCGAGCAUCGGCGGGCUGGGCGAGAGCAUCGGCGGGCUGGGCGAGUUCAUCGGCGAGCAGCUGGGCGAGGAGCUGUGCCUCAACGCGACGCGCGAGACCCUGCGCGCCCAGGGCCCAGCAACCGAGGCCCGACGGCAGCUGCCGACGGCGCUCGGGCCAGACCCCAGCGAGAACGCCACCUUGAAGGCGAAGGCGCUCGCGAGGCCUGGACAGCCCUCGGGCGAGGUGAGCACGCAGCCGAAAGGCGACGACGAGUACCCAGUCGUGGAGAUGGACUUCUUCCUCGUGGCCACCGACGAGAUAGCAAGGAAGUACCCCAUGGUGAACGGCUACGUCGUGAAGGUCGACGACUUCAGGAAGCUGGAGCACAAGGGGCGCGGGGGGCUGCCCGCGACCUUGGACGUCGUGGACUGCAGGUCCAACGCCCCAGGCUCGCUCUUUGGCUCCAAGCACAUGGGGGACUACAAGUCGCACUUCGUGGCCAAACUCAUCGACAGCUUGGGCCGCGCGACGGUGAUUCUGCUCGCGGACGGCGAGAAUGCGAUUGUCGCUCUGGCGGGGCAGGUGGAGAAGCUCAGGUCGCACUCUACGAUAGCGCGGCAGGGCCCAGCGUACUCAUCCAAGAGCACGGGGCACAUCGAGGCCAGCAACGGAGCAGCGGCGGGACUACUCCGCGCGUUGCGGUUUUCACUCGAGACCAAGCUAGGCUGCAAGCUCGAGCUCUCGGACUCCGUCCUCGCCUUCCUCGCCAACACGGUCGGCUGGUACACCGCGAGGUUCCAGCCGAGAAGCCACGGAGGAUCUAGCUGCAGGUACCUCUUCGGCCGCGAGUGCGCGGGCGAGGUGGCGGAGGUCGGCGAGCAGGUAUGGCACCGCAUCGCGGCUCGAGUCGCAGCGGGCUGGGGCAAGUUCGCGGCGCGCCUCGCGAAGGGCAUCUGGGUGGGUAAGUCGGAGUUCGACGACCAGCGCCUGGUGGUCGACCUGCAGCGCGGCUUCUCGAAGGCCCGCUCGGUCCGCCGCAUGCCUGAGGAGCUCCGCUGGAACGCUGGGCUCGCGAAGCAGAUCGACGUCGCACCUUGGGCCCCUGUGCCUGAGCGAGUGAGGGCGAGCAUCAGGAAGUCUACGUAUAUCACAGAGAACAUGUCGAACACUUACGGCCCGACGGACAGCUGCCCGAAGUGCACCCACGGACGGGGCCAGCACAGCGAGCAGUGCAGGCAGCGCUCCGAGACCAUCGCGCAGGAGAGGCUCGAGGCGAAGCUCGCGGAGGAGGCCAGGGGCGGGGCCGCCCCAGGCACUCCAGCGGCGCCGGGGCCAGCACCCCAGGCCCCCCCGCGCGUGCCUGCCGACGCGCGGGCAGCGGCCUCGAGUCCAGCGGCGGCAGCGCCCCCGACAGCACCCCCGCCAGUAGCGAUCGCCUCGGCUUAUUCUGCAGGGCCGGAUUUUUCUGGCCUCCGCGCCUCUUGUCGUUGA